CAAAGCACGAUCAUGGGUAAAUUAAAGAUCAUAGUCUCUACGACGAGCUUGUUCUGCACGAGAAUCGAGUGGGCUCUAAAACUGAAGGGCCUCGAGUACGAGCACACUGUUGAAGACUGGGACAAGGGGAAGAGCGAAUUGCUUUUGAAGUCGAAUCCGGUGCUCAAGAAGGUCCCGGUGCUGUUGGACGAUGGGGUCGCGGUUGCAGAGUCGAAAGUGAUUCUGGAGUACAUUGAUAAGAAGUGGAAGGGAGGUGAUCUUUAUCCGUUGUUGCCUCAAGACGCUUAUGAGAGAGCUCAAGCUCGUUUCUGGGCUCAGUUUGCUGACGACAAGUGUGUCUUUGGAACUUGGGGAGCAGCAUGUCAUGCUGAUACGUUGGAAAAGGAGAAAGCAGUGGAGAGUACAUUAGAGUCGUUUGGGUAUCUAGAGAAGAUCAAAGGGAAGAAGUUCUUCGCGGGAGACAAGAUAGGCUAUUUGGAUCUUGUAGUUGGUUGGAUCCCGCAUUGGCUUGGCGUCAUUGAAGAAACUGGAGGCAUUAAAAUUCUUGAUGCUGAGAGUUUCCCAUCCCUUCAUGAAUGGGCACAAAACUUCAUCAAAAUUCCGCUGAUUAAAGAAUGCGUUCCACCUAGAGAUAUGCUGGUUAACUAUUCGACUACUCUCCUCAGCUACCUGCGUUCCUCAGCACCGAACAAGCCAUAAAAUACACCCUUCAUUAAGAUUGAGCAACGUGUUGCUCUUGUUUUGCUGCCCUGUUUUCCUCUCUUAUCCUUGUAACCUUCUGAUAUGGCGCAAUAACAUAAUUAUAAUCAGCUUUCUCUUGGGAGAUUAUGAGCAAAUUCAAUAUUAUUCCUGGGA